AUGAUGAUGAUAGACUCUUUCGCUUGACGUCGAUAGGACCAACCUCUGAUAGUGCAUGAUGCUGAUGCUCUGUAGACUCCAGCAUUUACCAGGAGGUGACUAGCCAGGUUCGGUCUCUUUGAAAGACUGGCACGUACUGGUGGAGGAACUCCUGUAAGGUCCACACAAGAUUCCUGGACAGUUUGGCGCUCCUCAAGUUCAUAUCUUCUUCCUCUGCUGGUGAUCGCUAUCGGCAUGUCUUGGUGCGUUGGGAGGUAUUGUGCGUGGCUCUUAGUCCUCCUGCCCUGCCAUGCUGUAGAGAUGAAGACGACCCGACGACCCCUCGUGCCCACCACAAUUUCCAUGAGGUUCCAUGAGGUGGAUAUUCGUUAUCCUGCAUGUAUCUGCCUACACAUCAUGGUGCGGGGUGUCUGUCCAAGCAGAUUACGAAAAUUCAGCUCCAGGAAUGUACGACGACGAAGAAACAUUGUUGGAUAAUAUACGCAAUCGUUCGCCCUUGGCCGAGAUCAAGUCUUCAAGCACUAAGGAGCCCCCAUUGAAGCCACGUCAUGGAGAAUUCCCAAGUGUAGCUCCGAAGGUUACGUCGGCGGUGCCUUGUGACUUUUUCAACUUCACGGACAGAACAUGUUGGCUAUACCAAUCCGGUGGGGGCAACAUCCUCCUGCGCGUACGCAUCGCGGACGAGGAUAUCCCCAGGGACCGCCUCCAAGUUCAUUGGAAAAGAAAAUAUAAAAUAAGAAACCAGAACCUCUACGCUGUGGAAAGUAUUCGAGAAAAAGACACGAUGGACGACGAGCAACGUGAUAUCCUUACACUGGAGCUGAGGCCGGCUGGAAAUGAAGACAUGUAUUUCAACAAAAUAGAAGCUCUGGUGCUCGUCAUGCAGAAGCAGGUCUCUGGACGCACAAGGCCACUGCCUUAUGGAGAUAUAACCUUCAUCAUUGACAUGAAUCCAAUAAAAGUACGACAACGCGAUGGCGAAGACAAUAUCUCGAUCAACAUCGAGGAGUACGUCCAGUUGCCUAACAAAGACGUUAUCAUUGACUGGAAGCAGCAGCUGUCAAGGUUACGAUACACAGAUGUCCAGAAAAAUUUUGAAGUUUUGAUGAACGGAAAGCUUCUUAUAGCCAAGGACUACACAAACAAGAUGACCAUAGCCUGCAUCAUUUACUACAAGGACGGAAGAUUUUACGCAAAAAGAAGCUUCUUGCUGAGUGGCAGAGGGAACCAGAAGCAUGAGCGCACAAGGAUCAACCAAGGCGUCACAAGGCGCCAUGCAACCAGAGCAACGGCAUCAAGAGCCCCUAGCACAACACCAACGCAUUCAACAGACACGUCAAUAAGAGACGACACAACCACUGUAGAUGACCAGAAUGACUACGAAGUCAACAUGGUCGUACACAUAGAUAAAUCAGGCGACGACGCCAAAGACGACGAAGACGAUUACACCCUGGUCCAGACCAACGUCAGCGUCAUAGAUGCCAAGGGCAAACCCCAAGGAACGGUUGUUGAAUCGAAACGCGUCACUGGAAAGACCGUGGUGCUCAAGAAUGGACUGUGCUUCCACGUCAUCCGGGACUCAGGCGGACGCGCAACCAUGGUUCCCUGUGUGCAAACUCCUCCCAUUCGACAUCGCACGCGUUCCACUUUGAGAUCUACCUCUGAGAAACCAAGGGCCAAAGAGCCUGAUUAUCUUCGAUCGGGUACAAAUAAGGUGCAGACAUGUCGAACGGACUCCGAAUGCAGUAUUCACGGGUACUGCAAUGUAGACUCUGAAAAGGGCACGGAAGGCCGAUGCAUCUGUCAUCCUGGAUACCUCGGCAAUGGUCUCUUCUGUUGGGAAACAUUUUUUUCAUGAAGAGGGGCAGCGUAUAUUACAAAAUUGUUAUAUUGCAAACGCGAAA